AUGCGUGCGAUGCUUGCCGCGACAGAAAGGUCAAGUGCUUUUCGGUACCAGCAGAAGAAAAAUGCGUUGCUUGCCUCGCCCUUGGGGCAGACUGCGUCCAUAAAAAGCCUCGUAAAAAGCGAGGCCCACAGCGGAGGCAAGUCCAAGAUUGAAAAAUCUAUGCUCAGGAGGUUCCCCAGAACAUUUUGCUCAUCAGCUGAUAGACUGAGGGGACCCGACAACCCGGUUCCGAGGAGUGAACCAGGAGUCAGUGGAGACGAUGCAACAAGGUCGCCACUACAACCCAUGAGCACAUCAUAUUAUUGCCGGAGUACCACUGUCUCUACGGGACUCUCUCCAUAUUCAACGCAUCUAGGUUCACCCGAGGUAUCAAGGUUACAAAACGCGGAACCGUAUCAGUUGCUGUCAAGCUUUGCAUCAGCCGACACCAUACAUAAGCUUCUAAACGAGUGGUUUAACAAGAUCCACCCAAUUGCACCUAUUCUUCUCCGCAGACGGUUCUUUCGCCGAUUGAAGAACGGAGAGGCAGAUACUGAUCCAGUGUUCUGUGCGUUGGUGGUUAGCGUUUGUUGUGCGACAUUGGCCACGCUGCCCCUGGACAAUCAGACUUCAUUGUCAGUGCCGCCUUGCUUGGAAUUCAUUGAGAAAAAUAAACUGCUUGCCUUUAAUCUCGGCGAGGUUAAUUAUACACCGGAGUGGUGUAUUGCCAUGUACAAUAUCGGGGUGGCUAUCAGCGCUACGAGCUCGCAAGGGCUGUCCGAUGUCCAUGGUUUCCAUGCAGUUUCUCAGUCGUCUGCCGCAACGACGUAUCUCCUAUAUUAUUCUCUUCACAGUCUGAGCCCUAUCGAUCAGCAGCUUCUCAAACGAUUGUUUUGGCUACUUUUUGCAGCAGCUAAGAGUGGAGAUAUGUUUGGAAGACUAACUGUAGGGUUUGAAGCUAUACACAACAAUUGGGACCUUCUUCGGCCAAGCUGCCUGUCGGAUAACGAGCUGGACCCGGCUGAGGCGGCAGACAACUCCACACCCUGGCACGGCGAUGAUACGUCCUAUGUGCCGGGGCUAAACUCGCUUAGCGACUUAUUUAUGGUCUGGCAUCAAGCCCGUGUAAGCCAACCUGGAUUGGAUCAGGCUAUUAGGCUGCGCAAUUCAAUGGACAGCAUCCAAAGAAUCAUAGACAACCUCCCACCAGAGCUGAGGUGGCGAGGUGGCCUCUCACGACACGGAACUGUCAACGAGGGUCAUAAUGCUCAAAUCGCCAAUAUCUUCAUCACCAGCUUCCACCUGCGUUCGAAUUUGGUCCAAAAGUACGGGACCAGGGACGAGAUAGUCACCGAGCACCAACGCAUAGUGGACGACCUACUAGAAAUCCUCUACCACUUACCUCAGUGUGUUUUCAAUGCAAACGGAAGCAGCGUCGUGCCGAAGGUCCGUGAUAUUGGAGCUGUAUACUUGGAACAUCACAUGAUCGCGGAUAACCCCAACAGAGACGAGGCAAAAGAAAAGAUGGAGAUGAUCCUUCGGAAACUGAAUGAUCUAGACUGUUGGUCGGGCCUGACUCUGGCUGGCCGAUGA